AUGUCAACGAGUAAUCCGCCCGAGAAGGAGGACCAACUGGUCUAUGCAGCUCAAAAAGUAUUCGCCGAGCAAAAUGUCCUCGAAAAUAUCCUCAUCGAAGCUCUUCGCCUUGGGAUGCCAAUGAAGUCCCUCUUGCUGCUGCAAAGAGUGUCCCAAGCAUUCCACAGAGCCAUACGUCAAUCCGAGACCCUUCAGCAACAACUGUUUCUUCUGCCGGUAAACGGAUCAGAAGAUCUGGAGUUGUUUUUUGAGCGACCUAGCGACGGACCUCGAAAGCACGAAAAUCAAGCUUCUAUCAACGAUCCAAAUACGCCAGGCUCCUUGCAAGUAUCGGCCGGCAUGAACUUUUCAAAUGCCUCAUUUCGGAGAAUGUACCUUUCGCAGCCCCCUCCAACGCAAGCAGAGGUCAUGAUUUGGACUCCAACUUCCAACCGCCCCACGACCAAAAGUCUUAGUGACAACAAUGGAGUUACGGCAGGACUGCUCUGGAAUACAAUUGUUGCUCACGCAGAGCUCAAAGAUUCCAACGUCAAAGCAGGAACUAGGUGGCAUAUGUAUCGAUUGAAGAACGGCGAGGAGCGAUGGGCAACAGUAGCCUACGAGGCAACGAGGAACAAAGGAAGGAUGAUUGCACGGUAUGAAGUACUUUUCUGA